CACACAGCCAGUCAGUCUUCCCUAAGCUUUCCUUGCACACGCACACAAGUAAGCAAGGCAUGGGCGGCCUGGCGUGGGUGGACCGUGUGGGCGUGGUGGUGGUGGUGGUGGUGGUGGUGUGCGCGAGCGUGGGCGUGCAUGCAAUCGCCAGACACCCAUUAGCAGAGCAACCGGCAGAAGAUGCGGAGGAGGUGGGAGGAGGAGGAGGAGGAGGAGGAGGAGGAGGAGGAGGAGGAGAAGGAGGAGAACUGGAGGGGAAGUGGAAGAGCCUCAGAACAAGAUUGGAUUCAUUCUACCCUGGCGGCGGAGGGUACCACGGGUGUUCGUGCGCUGACCUGGCGGCGUUGGCUGCUCAGAUCACAGUGUUCGAGCAGGAGGUGAAGAGUGUGGCGGUGCUGGAGAAGAAACUGGAGCUGGUAGUGAGGGCCAUCAAACAACUAGGCGCCUGGGUCAAUGUUGGUGUGCGCGGCCCCCGUGGUCCAGAGGGCGAGGCGGGCACCCCUGGACCGCCGGGACCCAUGGGCGACACAGGUGACCCCGGGGCGGACACAGAGCAGAAAAGGAAUGGGGUACCCGGGCCCCCAGGACACCCCGGCAGCCCAGGGCCCCAGGGUCUGAAGGGGGAUAAAGGGGACUGCAUUAAGGGCGCCAAGGGGACCAUGGGGAAGAAGGGCGACCCCGGGGUGGGCCCACGUGGCAGGAGGGGGUCACCGGGGCCCUCUGGGGAUGCUGGGGAGCCCGCUACGGAACUGGGCUCUUAAGAAUGUUGCCGUACUACUACUACUACUACUACUACUACUACUACUACUACUACUACUACUACUACUACUACUACUACUACUACUACUACUACUACUGCUGCUACUACUGCUACUACUACACCACAACUACUACUACUACUACUACUACUACUACAUCUCCCUACCACUGGGGCAUAUUUACCUAUGAAAGUGUUUACCCUGGGGGGCUCUUAACACUUACCCUGGGAGAAUUUACCCUUAGCUCUCUCUCUCUCUCUCUCUCUCUCUCUCUGCUGUGUUAGUGAAAUGCAUCAAGAUUAUUUGUAUUAUUACCAUUAUUAUCUCAGUUGUAAUCGUUAGUAAUCGUGUCCAAAGCCCAAGUGUAAUUCCUGCCUGUAAUUCAAGAUAAUGCUGUAAUUCUACUCUUAAAAUUAUUUGUAUU